AUGCGAACGAAAUCAGUAUAUGUCAACAUUGAAGGUGACCGUGCUCACGCAGUGAAUACUGCUUGGGCAAUGUUGACCUUAAUAUAUGCUGGACAGAUGGAACGAGAUCCAACACCACUUCACCGUGCUGCAAAGGAGUUGAUCAAUAUGCAGAUGGAUACAGGAGAAUUUCCACAGCAAGAACACGUCGGAUGCUUCAACUGCUCUCUUUUCUUCAAUUACCCCAACUACCGCAACCUGUUCCCCAUCUGGGCUCUCGGGGAGUACCGGCGCCGCCUUUGCUCGAAAAGCACAGGCGGGUGUGCGCCAUCGUCGUGA